AUGGAACCGUGGCGCUAUCCACCUCAACGCAUGAUUUUCGAACCACCACCCAUGAUGUUCACCUAUCAACAACCCGAAUCACUUGGAAUGAUGAUGAGACCUAACUUUCUUUUUCCACCACCGGUCUCUACCAUUCCAUCUCCGAUGCCCGAUACUGCUUCAUCCAUAGUCUCCCUCUGGGAGACUGAAUUCGGUCCAACAUUUACUCAACGACGAGAAGAGCUGGAUGCUAAGAGGCGGCUUUCUGUUGUUGAUUUUAAAAAGAAGCUUGUCCGAUGGAAGGAGUUAUUGGAGAAUUCGAAGAGUGCAAGCGCUAAGGAGGAACUUGAACGCCUUGAGCAAGAAUGUACCGAUCCUGACCUCUUGCAGAUAAUGAAGAGGAAGAGUGGAAGAAAUCGGCGCAGGAAAAGACCUUGUCAAGACUUGCCAAUUGUGUUGCCAACUUCUGUCGGAGAAACUCUGUCACGAAUAUCGGCGGCUGAUGCCUCUGAGCCGUCUCAACAGCCACCGCCAAGCGUUCCUUUGAAGGAACCGGAAAACACGGAUUUGUCGACCAUCACAAAGUACCUAGCGGACUUGAAAAGUGCAUCGGCAUUUUGUCAGGAAAAGGUGCGAAUUUUGAAUAAGUUGAAACAACUUCGCGAUGCUCGUGUUGCACAAUUGAGAAACCAAGGAAAGCUCAUUCCAGAACAGCUAGACGAAGUCUUUGAAAAGGAAAGGCAUUCAAUUUAUUUGGAGAUUGAAUCAAUGCAAAAGGCUAUAACCGAGGUGACUAUACGACUGGAGGGUGCAAAACAGGCACUAACGCAAGAACCAGAACAACCAGUGGUGUCAAGUGAUGGCACUGUCACUCCACUCGGUCUCCCAGAGGAUGUGCAUUACCUCCUUUUCGGUCCACAAAAUGGUGAGUCGCUUCAACAACGGUUUGACUGA